UUCUUAUCCUCUUCGUCCCCAACGACUGUGUCAGCUGCUACUACUCCUAUGGCCUAUGUUCGUCUCUGCUUCCAUUGUUACUCAUCUUCCUUGUUUUCAUGGUCCACUUUCCUUCCACCUUGAGACUGGGUAUGUUGGUGUAGAUGAAGUGCAGUUUUUUUAUUACUUCAUUGAGUCUGAGGGAAAUCUAGCUGAGGAUCCUCUUCUUCUUUGGGCCACUGGUGGCCCUGGUUGCUCUUCUUUCUGCGCCCUCAUCUUUCAAAAUGGACCUCUGAAGUUCAGGAGUGUUAAGUAUAAUGGUAGCUUGCCAACACUUGUGUAUCAUCCUUUUGCAUUUGCAUGUAAAAGGUAUUUAUGGCUGAUUAAUCACCCAAAAUUCCUAUCCAAUCCUCUGUAUGUUGGUGGUGAUUCAUAUGCUGGCAAGGUUGUUCCAUUCAUCACUCAGCUGAUAUCACAAGGUACCGGCGUGCCGAUCACCUUUGAUCCAGAGGCCAGAGAAAACACUAUCAGAAAAGGAUAUACUGAUCUUAAGGAUACGGUUCAGAGAGUUCCAGCUAUGAAUAGAGAGGAUUAUGAAAAUCCUACCAAGGCUCUGUGUGCUAAGAAGCUUCAAGUUGCGGAAAAGUACUUUGAUGAAAUCAACAUGGAUCACAUUUUGGAGCCAAAGUGUCCGCCAGCAUCACCGAAACAAAAGAAUUUGAGCGGAGAAAGGCGAUCUCUCAAGGAUGGGCACAACAUGUUUACUGUGCCACCAGAUGUUCCUCCUCUCAAAUGCAGAUCAUAUGGUUACUAUUUAUCUGGCAUUUGGGCAAACGACGAUGUUGUGAGGGAUGCUCUCCACAUCCAAAAGAAAACUGUCCCAGAAUGGAUCAGAUGCAAUGAUAAUUUGCAGUAUGCCUAUGAUCUUCCGAGCAAUGUAAAAUACCAGCACAAGCUCACAAGCCGAGGUUAUCGAGCUCUUGUUUACAGUGGGGAUCAUGAUCUGACGGCACCACAUAUAGGAACUCAGACAUGGAUAAGAUCUCUAAACUGCUCCAUCAUCGAUGAUUGGAGAUCUUGGUUCUCUGGUGGGCAAGUAACAGGAUACACAAGAACAUAUGCUAAUAAUCUUACAUUUGCUACUAUAUAUGGUGCUGGUCACACAGGUCCAGAGUACAAACCAAGGGAAAGUCUAGCUAUGGUUAAGAGAUGGCUUUCAUAUCAACCGCUCUAG